UACCACUUUUUUAGCCUUUAAAACUUAAAGAACACUCUCAUCCUCAGCCCUUUUGUCCUCAAUUCAGCAUCCUUGUGUGCUAUCAUUCUCACCUCAUCUUUUUCUCCAAUCCAUAAGUUGGUAGCCUCUCUCCCUCAUUUCACAUGCCAUCCAAUUUAGACAUGAAAGGAAUGAAAAGCAGGUUCCAUAGAAAAUUGAAACUCAUUCCAACCAUUACCAACUUGAAACAAGGCCUAGUCCUUCAGCUCAAUCCACCAAUCUAUGAUGAUCAAGAUCACAAGCCCCACAACAUGGCUGAACUAGAGAUUGGCCCCAAAGGAAGUGAAGAUGAUAAACAUUAUGAGUUAAAAGAAAUGCAAUUUAAAGCCACACCCACCAAAGGGUCCAAGGAGAAAAACUUAGUGGCUACUAGUCCUAGUAAAAGCAUGCAUCAAAAAAUUCAAGGCAUCGAAGAGUACCCAUCUCUAACAGAUUUUGAAGAGAUACAUCCACCAGGUGGAAGCCAAGCAGUGAUUCUCUACACAACAAGCAUGAGAGGCAUAAGAAAAACCUUUCAGGACUGCAACACGGUAUGCUUUUUGUUGAGAAGCUUCAAGAUAAGAUACCAUGAGAGAGAUGUUUCUCUACACUUGGAGUAUAGAGAAGAGUUGUGGAAGAUCUUGGGUAGCAAAGUGAUCCCUCCCAGGCUUUUCAUUAAAGGGAGGUACAUUGGAGGAGCUGAUGAAGUUGUAGGAUUGCAUGAGAUGGGGUGGCUUGGAAAGCUUUUGGAAGAAACACCAAUGGACUUUGCUGAUGGUCCUUGCAAAGGUUGUGCCUGCAUGAGGUUUUCCAUUUGCUUUAAUUGUAAUGGUAGUUGCAAAGUGUUCACCACCAAUGGUGACAACAAAAAUGAAUGUUUCAUCAGGUGUCCUGAAUGCAACGAGAAUGGACUUGUCAAAUGCCCCAUUUGCUGCUAGAAAUUGAUUAAGACCAAGGGUAUGUGUAUUUUUCCAUUUUCUUAACUUUUAGGCUCAACGUGUAUUGUUAACUGAAUAACUGAAUCAUACUCGUUGGGUUGUUGAUGUAUGUGAUAGAGUCCUUAGAAAUGGAUAUAGUACUAAUUUCUUUAGAUGGGAAGAACUAUAAGCCAAUGCCAUGCAGGGACAUAUAAACAAGUUACUUGUUUUUUAUUAGUUCUGGAUAUUUAUUGAAUGAAAAUUUGUGUUUCAUGUUUC